UUCAUCUUCUGAGUAAAAAUACAAGGAAAAGAAAUCACACCUCUUACGUGUUUGUGCAGUAUGCACGAUCAUUUUUAAUCAUUUCGUUUAAUCGUUAACCUUGAUCUGAAAUUUCAAACUGCAUGUUGGCGGCACUGAUUUCGAUUGGUUAUUUCUCCAUCAUUAUUUGCAUAUAUAAGCCAUUUCUGAGUUUGUGUUUUGGAGAGUGUGUCGGGCUGAAGAAUGUGGAAAAGUGGAAGAAAUGCAUGAAAAUGCGCCGGGAUACUCUCGCAGCAUUUUAAUAGGUUGCAGCUCGCGAGCAGACAAGUACAGACAUCAUUCCUCCGCCAGACAAGCGCGUGGACUGACUGCCUUUCCUCUUUAGUUCGCUUUCGCUUUUAUUUUUUUCAACAAUCACCUGCAUUUUUAUACAGCACAUUCAGAAAAGGACAAUGUCCUUUUCCCUUCUUUUGAAAUCCAAACGUGCGCGUCGGAGAUUUUUGAUCCGGUCUUGAUUAUUUUCUCGGUUCCUGGAGGUGUUAUUGCAAUUGAAGUGUGUCAUCAUUUGCUCUGAACAAGAGCAGGAACAUGCUCGGGGAUUCAAUCGAGAGAUAAGGGGGCUUUUCCAAUAGGCUAGACAAAUCUUGGACAUUUGCAAGCGUUUAAUUGUGAUUCAUACAUAUAUCGCGCGUUUUUGUCCUGCGUCUGCUUCAUAUAAGGUUGUACUAUGGACUACAAGCUCUGACGUCUGCAUCAGAUAUUUUCUGCUGCAUUUCUUUAAAUGUGCAUCUUUUCUCCCCUGUGACUUUGAGAGGAACUUCUCGACCAUCAGCAAUAGGGGAUGCAGAUUUCAUUUUUUUUUUUUUUACCCCACCUCCAACCUUUAUAGCUGAGGGGGGGAAUAAAUAAAAAUAUCACACACUGUGGAGCACCCCCUCUUUGAAGGAGCAUCACUGGAGCCAUGGCUUGUCCACCGCUUUGGACCUGGAAACUGCGACGACAGGUGUAGAAGAAGACUGAUACUCUUCCAUUUUUCCACCUUUUUUUCAUCAUCAUCAUAUGUUUUUAUUUUUUUAUCCAUGGUUUGGUUGAAGAAGACUUUCCAGCAUUUUUUCCAGAAGUCUUGUCGAAGCUGAGAGAUGUCUGAUCUUCUGGUGUUGAUCGAGGGGGUCUCUGACCUGCACGGAUUUCCAUAGCUGAAGAAUAACAGCUGGGACCUGUUAAAUAUUUUUUUUCUUUUUUCUUUCCCCCCAUCCCCCCUCCCCCCUUUUUAUUUUUAUUUUAGUUUUUUUUUUCUUCCUCCUUUUCCUGUUUCUUUUUUUCUUUUUCUUUUUCUUUUUUUCCCGCGGGCCAUCACAAACGUGUGCAUUGGUGCUUUGAUCUUAGUCAAAUUAUUUGGCCUUUUUUUCCCCAUCCCCUUCUGUUGGAUUCUUUUUUUCUACUUCUUUUUUCUUUUCUUUUCUUUCUUUUUUUUAAAAAAAAAAAUCUGUUUGGAGCACGGGCGGUUGGAUUACUGAAAUUGAAUUAACGGAUUUGUGGAAAUGUUGGGUCCUCAAGAAGACAAAUUAUGUGGAAUUGUUUCUGCUCUGGCGGCCUUGUCCUUUGUCUGCUUUGCACAAAGCACCUCCACCGGAAGUAGCGGAAUAUCUUUGGCCAAGACGACAGUGGACAAAUUGCUGAAGGGGUAUGACAUCCGCCUUCGGCCAGACUUCGGAGGUCCUCCAGUCAUUGUGGGAAUGAGUAUAAAUAUUGCCAGUAUUGACUCCAUUUCAGAAGUCAACAUGGACUAUACCAUCACCAUGUAUUUCCAACAAAGCUGGAGGGACAAACGGUUGGCCUAUGCUGAGAUGGCUUUGAACCUCACUUUGGACAACCGUGUGGCUGAUCAGUUAUGGCUCCCAGAUACCUACUUCCUGAAUGACAAGAAGUCUUUCCUGCACGGUGUGACGGUGAAGAACCGAAUGAUCCGGCUCCAUCCAGAUGGCACUGUUCUUUACGGACUGAGAAUAACCACUACAGCAGCCUGCAUGAUGGACCUGAGACGGUACCCCCUCGAUGAACAGAACUGCACCCUGGAGAUUGAGAGUUAUGGGUACACCACAGAUGAUAUUGUAUUCUUCUGGCAAGGAGGGGACAAUGCCGUGACAGGUGUGGACAAACUGGAAUUGCCUCAGUUCUCCAUUGUGGAGCUACGUCUUGUGUCCAGAGAAGUGAGGUUUACUACAGGUUCAUACCCUCGGCUGUCGUUGAGUUUCCGCAUCAAGAGAAACAUAGGCUACUUUAUCCUGCAAACUUACAUGCCCUCCAUCCUGAUCACAAUCUUGUCCUGGGUCUCCUUCUGGAUUAACUACGAUGCUUCUGCUGCUCGUGUGGCCCUGGGUGUAACUACGGUGCUCACUAUGACAACCAUCAACACCCACCUGAGGGAGACCCUCCCAAAGAUCCCCUAUGUGAAAGCCAUCGAUGUCUACCUCAUGGGCUGCUUCGUCUUUGUUUUCCUGGCCCUGCUUGAAUAUGCCUUCGUAAACUAUGUGUUCUUUGGAAGGGGACCCCAGCAGCAGAAAAAGGUCAAUGAAAGGCUAAACAAAGCCAACAACGAGCGUCCCCGCUAUGAGGAGAAGCGUCUGAGGGAACAGGACUCCAUUUCAGCGCCGUUUCAAAGCAACACCCUCAGGUCAUAUACACAACGAAGAAAUCUGUAUCUCGAGGAACAAAGAAAAGUCGGGGUGGACGCUUAUGGAAACAUUCUUCUCACCACUUUGGAGAUGAACAAUGAGGUGAUGCCGUCCGACGUUGGCAGCAGCGUCAGUGACUCACGGAACUCCGUCAUGUCCUUUGACAGCUCCGGAGUGCAGUUCCGCAAGCCCAUGGCUUCACGGGAUGGGUUCAGCCACCACUCGUUGGACCGCAGCGGCAUGCGCAGUCGUGCCAACUGCCGGCUAAGAAGGCGCUCGUCCAAGCUGAAGCUCAAAAUCCCCAACUUGGCGGAUGUUAGCACCAUUGACAAGUGGUCCCGGGUCAUUUUUCCCAUCACUUUUGGAUUCUUCAACCUUAUCUAUUGGUUGUAUUACGUGAAUUGAUAUGCGUUCCCCUAGGAAACAUGGGCCAUAUUUUGAGAGCACAUUGAAUUGGCUUUGAUACAAUUGGAAAAUAUGUGUACACAUAUAUGAAAAGUUGAUACAUAUGUAUAUGCAUAUUUCUAUAUAUUCUAUUUCUAUAUACACAUGCGUGUGUAAAAUCUAAAGGACUUUUCUGCUGUAAAAAAAAAACAACAAAAAAAGAGAAACGUAUUAUAUAGAAUGACUUGAAUGUUUAAGAAUAAUACAAAAGAAACCUUUCAAAUAUUUGAAUUCUUUUCCUUCUGAAACAAACAACGAGUUACAUACAUUAGUCCCCUGUUGGAGGGUACGGAACUAAAGACUGCAUGAUAUUUUUGCCAAAAGAAAAGAUCGCAAGAGAAAAAGAACGUGUCAUUGGCUUUUUAUCGAUACUGUAAUCAACCUCUCCCAACCGCAGCUCAUGAAAUCAGAAGUGGCUUGUGCAUUUCGGGGCAUCAUCCGAGCGGGCCCCUAGACCCCAUCCACUGCUUUCCCCAUCCCCAUGGAAGAGACUGACGGAAAUGUCCGUUUCUACACUGUACAGCAGCCUCUUUUGGAAUUAUGUGUCAUUCCUUGAUUUUGCAAGUGACAAGCGUGCUCUUUAUCGGACCUCUCAGCUCUGGUCAAUGGUUUACACUGGACGACCAUCUUGAGUUUUAACCAAUGCAUCCUGCCCAGAGUCAGUAUGUUUCAUUUUCUCUCUUCUCUUUUUUGCAGAUUCUCCUUUCUUUCAGUUUUGGGCUAAGGGUUAAAUCCAAAUUUUUGGAGGGCAUCACCUAAACAUGUUCUAGAGGUAGUUCAUUAAUAGAUAUUAAGCCACUGGUAUGCUUCAUUCAUUGGGAAUUUAAGAAAACGAAGAAAAAAAAAAAAAGAGUACAUUCAUUCAUUCAGUAGCCUUAUUGACAUGGUCAGGUAGUAAUGUUGUUCUUUAUUUACUCUUGUCCCUAGUGCAUUCCAUCUGUUCUAUUGAUACAGUAUUCAUGAACAUCUUGUAGAGCUUUGUGUUGUUUGGAAUGGAGGGAAACCCUUAGUGAGCUGUAACGUUUCUUUAGAACUUGGAUUUGAACUAUGUGAAAAUGUAUAAAAUAAGGAGAGAAAAGAUUCUUAUGUAUUCAACAGGGGAUGUGACCAUGUUUUUAUCUGUUUCAUGUUUAAGUCAACCACUCAAACCAUAGUGUGACCUGAUAUUGUAUAUAUUCAGUCAUUGUAGUGAUCCAUCCUGAGAAUGAUAUACGCUGAUGUUUUUAGUUUCUCUAAAAUGUGCCUGUCUGAAACCUGAAGGAUGUGUCCUCAGUUCAUCAAUCAGUGAAAGAGGGCCGAAUGACCCUUGAUCUUUGACCUUUCACUUUAAGCACUGCAGACCCACCCACAGCUCUGACGUCUUGCAUCUUGGGAUUGAUUCUCAAAGAUGAAUGACAUCAGCAUAAUCAGGAAGAAAAAAAAAAGCUUCUGAGUCUUUUCGGGGCAAAAUGACAUGUACGAUAAAAGCCAUGAACUGAAGUGACAACCAAAAAGGCCUAUAAUUCAUUUCUCUUUUUACCAUGAACCUCUGACUCACCCACCACCAUUUCUUUUGGGCUUCGCCUCAUUAUGAUUUACCUCAGCUUCAUUGACACUGAGGUCACCAGAUCUUUCUCUAUCUUCAGGUGACUGCUCAAUUUCAUUUAUCAGUUCAUCUGCCAUCCACGUUCAUUCAAAGCUCAUUUCUGGUUGUGUCUAGAUGUCUCACUGCUCAGAGUAGCUCAGUUGAGGAGAAGCAUCCCAACAAAUGCUUUUCACAGCAAUGUUGGAUCAGUUCUUGAAGAUGUGGAUGAGAACUGAAUUGCUGAAUAACUGAGCAAGGGGACAUUUAAAAGCAAAGAGAAAGCUCCCAGUGGUGGUUUGAGAACACGAGAGCCCUGGAUUUGCUUGAGUUCCCUGAGGAGGAUCUUCUGAGCAGGCCUCAGACCUCAGAGCUCAGCAGAGUCCCUUGGCUCUCGACCCCCCACACCAGACCUCUCAACACUCGGGAAAAUGUGGACCAGCCACCACAUCACCAACAGAUCACUCAUUCCAUGGAGAAACAAAGGAAUCAGGGAAAUCCGAAGGUAUAGGAGGCUGUACUUCUAGGUACUUGUAAGGUCCUAUGUUACUUAUCAGCAGAUGACCGUAGAAGCAAGUUCGAAGGAUUUCCACUUGUGUUAUUAUAUUUGUUAUUGUGAGCACGACCUUAACACCUGUGCAAGGGAGCCAAUACUCUCAAGUGCAAAGCAAGACAUGCACAGUUGCAUGCACAGUGUAGCAAUUAAGUUAAGCGCAAAUCUGCACUAAAAGAGGAUGGAGGUUAGAGUGCUUUUCUUGUGAAAGCCUAACUAUUAUGAGUGUUAUGGGGGUGGCUUGGCCAAUUAUGACUCCCAGUAGGCAUUCAAGAUGCUGCAAUGCUUUGCCAAUGAAGGUUCAAAGGCAGAGUACUUAGAGUACACAUUUAAUCUAUAGCGUUUAGAUGUGCAUUUACAAUGUAGAUCAGACCUUUUAAGCUACAAUAUUGGUCCACCUCUACUAGUGCAGUGUUGUAGACAAGUGUAGUGAUAAGUUGAAAAUGCCAACUGCAACGUCAGCCAACUUUUCUCUUAAUGUAUUCAAGGGAACCGGACCAGUUUUUUAUUUUAUUUUUUUUUUAUUUUUUUGAGACUGGACACCAGAGUUUGCUUGCUUUGCCUUUGACAAAUUGGAAAAGGUGGAAAAGUGGCAUGACGUCUAGGUGGCACAUAUAUUUAAGUUUAUUAUCGUUUGAGCGCCAGCCACUAUUAACUGAUAAGACUGCACAAUUAAAAGGAUGUUGAUAUAUUUUUGUAUCAGAUAUUACUGCUAAGUUAUCAAUCAGUGUUAAUAGGUGCUCUAUUGUUUCCUUAGCGUGACUAAUAAUAGAGAAAAAUUGCAUACAAUAUCAUAACCUGUGGUUCGGUAUAUUAUCCAUGAGAAUAAUUAGAAAUUCUUAGUAGUAGAUUGUACAAGAGGUUUCAUAACUAUAUACAGUACAUGUAAGUUAGCGCCCAUUUACUACAUAGCUUCGUUACCUUCUAGUAGACUUGCUGGCACUAUGCAGUCUUUCUCACUAAUGCUCAGUUUAAUGUUCCACAGGGUAAUCUGAAACAUUAUUGGUCCAUGCGUCCUGACCAAUCACGAUAGGCAAGGGUUGAAUUUUUCGAUAGCAUGGGGAUUGGUGAAAUGCUAAUACAGCCAUACUGUGCCACUGAGACAUGUUGGAUGUUGAAUAUGUUCAAAUGGAUAUUGUGUUGAUCAUCAACAUGUUCUUGUAGCACCAGCACUCUGUUUAUUCACAGUGAGCUUACACCUAGAACAGAUUUUUGGUAAGAUUCUGGUUUGUGGGCAUUCGUCCCUGCAAGAUUUGCCUUAACAAGAUCACUAAGCAUUUUUCGUGAAAUAUUUCUGAGCAAUACAAUGCAAAUACAACAAAGUUCAUGAGAAAGUGAUUCUCUUUCAACUCAAUUCAAGCCUUAAACAUGGUUAUAGAGCAUUAUAAUUUGAUCAUUGAACAUUUGGGGUACAAUUAAGUGCUACAACCUAGAAAAUAUAGUGAUAAAUUAGUUUCCUCAAAUGUCUCUGGCUAUGUUUCCACUGCUUAGAACCUCAGAACCUCAAAAUGUAGAACUAAAUAUUUACAGGUUUAGAAUUUGGAUGUCUCACCUUUAGUAAUUGCACCUCUAUCUUACAAUUAUGACUUUAUUUCUGUUAUCUACUGUAUGACCUUUUAUCUCACUUUACUCACAGUUUCUUGUAAUUGGGACUUUAACCUCACAAUUUCCAAAAUUCUGUUCCACAAUUAUAUCUUGUAACUGUGCGGACUCCUAAUUGUGAUUUUAUUUCUCAUAAUUAAAUCUUUAUAUUACACUGAAAAAAGUUAUUUUAGCAUUUUAUCCAGGUUAUUUGGUUCUGAGUUUUGUAAGUGGAAACAUGGAUAUUGUAGAGUUAAUUCACACCAAAAAGUAUGGUAUGAAUAACCUAUUAGAAAAAAACAACAAUUGCAUAGAUUACGUGGAUUACAGAUUACGUGGCAAGUAAUAGUAAAAUCAUUCCCACAACAUGGAGGGUUUACACGUAGCCCAAAUGCUAAUUUCUUUACCGUCGGCCUGCUUGACCUGUUUGCUAAGUCUGCAACCUGCUGCAGUACGAAGGCAUUGAUAGAUAGCGCUAUUGAAAAUCUACAAUGGCACAAGUUGCUGUUUUAGAAGUAGCUAUCAGGUUAAUCAUACAGUCUCACACAUGUUUCACUAUCCAAGGGAGUUGGUGCAUGCAACACACCAUACUAGCAUUUUAGCUUUUUAUUUGAAAGUUUAGUUUCACCAUAGUGCUAGAACAGAUAAAUUGUCGUUAAGACCAAUUUGCCAGUUUACAAGGGACAUUUGGCCAAAAUACUCAGAUAAAUGUAGCAGCACUGAGUUGAGAGAGUGAUGGUAGUUGACUCAUGGCAGUCCAUGUUAUAUUUUGUUUUGUAAUCUUAAUUUCAAAAUCACAAAGUCUACAUUGUUACUUAUUCUGCACGAUUAGCUAAUUUGUAUUCAAACAACUUGUGUCUUUUGUUGUGUAUUUGAUGUUUUUUUUUUUUUUUUUUUUUUUUAUGAAAUUAAUAAAUUUUGAAGGUUGGGGGCUCUGUUAUCAGUCUAUCGCAGAAUGUGUCAGAUGUGUGGGGGUUAAAUUGUGAUAAAAAUUGCUGCUAAUUACCACUUUUAUCUAGUGAUGCACAAGACAGCGUUCAGUUUUGAUCACUUUAGAUUACAUGUGUCACUACUAGCAUUCAGCCAUCCUUUGCCACCUUAAAAACUGUGUUUGAAAAGAAAUGGGUCCUUCGUGUCUAUAUUUGUAACAACUAAUCUUGCACACUCUCUGAAGAAUAGUGGCUCAGCCAUAGAUACACUGUUGCAAGUCGCAAAAAUGGCAGACUCCAUCUAUUGAGAUGGAUAUUAUUUAGGAAAUAAUGGGACAAGAAUAGCAUUUAGAAUAGCAUUGUGUCAAGGUAGCAUACUCUUGAGCACUGAUGAGAUUGUUGGCCUUUUUUGGAGAAUGUGACUCAUCGUAACAUUAAAGUAUUAUUUCUUCUGUGUAAUUUGCUCUAUGGUUAGGGGAUAGUGGACACAUUUUCCUUUCGUCUUGCACUUUGCUUUAGUUCUAGAAGAAUAUAUUGUUUAUUAAUGUUUUUUGUCCUUUUAUUUAAAACAGCUUUGCACAACUUACAGCGGGGGUGGGGGAGGGUUUGGCAGAACUCAAUGAGGCUAAUGUGUUCUGAUGACAACGAAGGACAUAAUUAUCUACGCACUUCACACAAAUCACCCCAUAUGCUCACUUCAACAUUUUCAUACCAUUAACAUAACUCGACAAAUCAUCGAAUAGCUUUUACUCAAGUACAUUGUUUUUGUCUUUUGCAACAUCCACCCAUGAAGCAGGAGAAAAGGAAGUACAAAAACUGUUGAACUGAUUUUAAUGUGAAUUUUCUUGCCUCUUGUGUAUAUGUGUAAUUACAUGUGAAUUGUAUUGUAAAUAUGAUAUCUUUCACUUAUAUUUCUUAAUGCAUGAACAAAACAGGGCAGUUGGUAAUAACAGCUAGCCUCAAUGCUACUGGCAUGGACAGCUUUUACAGCACCGGCAUAACUUCUGCAAACGAAACCUAUCUCUGAAAAAAAAAGACAAAGAAAAGGAGAAAAACUCACAAAAAGAUACCGUUUUUUUUUUUGCAUGUGUCUUUUCGGAAAGGAUUAUUUUCAUAAUUUCUUUUCUAUUCUAAAACUGGCCAUUCAUAUCACCCUCACAUACAAAGAAAGCAAGCUUUUUGCUUCUUGCUGUGCACAGAGAUCGAACCAAACACUGUAAAUCUUAAAUUAAAAAUAGAAAACAAAAAAGAAAAGUACUAUAUCCGAAAAGGAAAGUUAUGGAGAAUAUGAUUCAUGGAAUCAUCACUUUAAAAAAAAAUAUAUGAGAAGAUAUGCACAUUUUCACCAUUUCUUGCUUUUUUUGUAUAUCACAUACAGAUGAGAGUAGAUAGAUACACCUAUUAAGCCAUUAGUUCAAAGUAGACUAGACCUGCUUACAUCUCAUUGAGCAAAACAGCAAGUUAAAGUUUCAUGCCAUGAGAAUGCAUGACUGGCUGAAUUUUUUAUUUUAUUUUAUUUAUUUUAUUUUUUUUGCGCCAGGAUAGUGUUACUGAUAUAGCGACUUAUAACACAUAAACACAGCACACACACACACGCAAAGUACUAACCUGAAGAGAAAAUCCUCAAAAUAAAAUUAAUUCGGCAAAUAUCUAGGGCAACCACUUCAUACUUAAUUUGAGAAUUCAAUUGCUAUUCAGUAUUCUUUCGUUUCAUUUCUAGUUGCCUGUAUUUGUUGUAUUCUUUAAAUGAAUUGUUAACUCUUAUUGUUGAUGUUUUCUCAUGGAAGGGAAAUAUAUUUCUACUUUACAUCCUGCCCUGAAAGUAAAAUGCAUUCUGUUUUUGUGUUGUACUGGUUUUGUUCUCAUUAAGCUCUUGGUUUGAUUCUGUUGAACUAUUGAGGUGUGAUGAUUUUUGAUGAUCCAUUUGGGGGUAUGAUUUGUCUUCAUGAAAUCAACAUUUGUAAAGUAUAAGGUUGUAUUCUCUUCUCUUUUUUUCUUUACUUUUUCUUUUUUCUUUCUUUCUUUUAUUUUUGUCAGUGCCAAUUAAUGUAAUGGUGUCGGUCAGCUUUUCUAGGUGUUUGAGCAAAAUGUGUUUUUUACUAAUACAAGAUGUUACAGUAUGUGGUACAAAGAAAAAAAAAUGGGUUAUAAGUAACCAACUGACUUUUUACAAAUAAAGGCUUAUACAGUAAAGAA